AUUUAUUUUACUUAAAAUCUACUCUUUAUUAAUUAUCAGUUGUUUUAUUUUUAGUUACCCAUUAUGGAGACUUCAGUCACCACCAAUGAUAGUUGGGAUUUUGCCUUCCUGGAUCCUUCACUUUUUUCAACAGCCUGUGAAACAUCAGGUGUCAGAAACUUUGGUAGGCUUUUCAUGCCCAGUUUAUAUGCAGUAAUAUUUGUGACAGGGCUUCUGGGCAAUUUGUUGGUCAUUGUGACAUAUGUCCUUUAUGUGAAGCAGAAGACCAUGACAGAUGUCUACGUGAUGAAUCUAGCGAUCGCUGAUUUAAUCUUCCUUUGCACCCUGCCAUUCUGGGCAAUCGAUGCAUAUAAUGAAUGGAUAUUUGGAACUUCUAUGUGCAAAAUUAUGAAUGGUGUGUACACAGUCAAUUUCUACAGCUGUAUGUUAACUCUUGCCUGUGUAAGUGUCAACAGGUACAAUUUGAUUGUUCAGUCAACAAAAAUGCUUAAGAGUAAAAUGAAAAUAUUUCAUAGUAAGAUAGUUUGUGCAGGGGUUUGGGUGCUUGCAAUCAUGCUGGCCCUUCCAGAAUUUAUAUUAAGUGAAGCAUUUGAUAUGCCUGACAAAGUUAUUUGUACUAUGGUAUACCCUCCUAAUUCAGAUAUCAUCAUGGUAGGAGUCCAUGUAUUGCAGAUGGUUGUGGGAUUUUUGAUCCCCUGUGUGACAAUGAUUAUUUGCUAUUCAAUCAUUGCAAAAACUCUACUCCAAGUUAAGGGCUUUCAGAAGAAUAAAUCAUUAAAGAUUAUAGUUGCAGUUGUCAUUGUAUUUAUGAUUUGUGAACUGCCAUUUAAUGUUAUACUCUUAAUGCAAACUCUAUCGAUCAUAAGUAAUGAAAGCAUGAGUUGUGAAUACAAGCUAAAUAGAAACUAUGCAAUUAUCAUAACAGAGAGCAUUGCCUAUGUACACUGCAGCCUCAAUCCUAUUUUAUAUGUAUUUCUUGGAGUGAAGUUUAGAAACAACCUCUUAAAGAUUUUAAAAGAUGCUGGAUGUAUAAGUCAAAGACUAUUGGUGGGGUGUCUGAAAACUGAAUGCGAGACAUCACAACAAAAAUCAGGAAUCUCUGAAACAACAAGUUUUCACCCUUUAUAGAAAAUACAUGGUGCAUCGGGAUAUUUACAUGUACAUCAAAGGAAUCAGCAUCAGAAUUGUACGUGAUUUCUUAAUCUUCUGCUGUAAAUGGUGGGCAUUUUCUAAUUCAAAUUAAAGAAUAAGACUGAAUGUCAUACAGCAUCAAAUUCUAUUCUGUAUCUACAAGCAUACACAUUUUCAAGUAUAAAAUAUUUUUAAAUAUAUGCAUAAAUUGUAUCAUUAAAUAUUUGACAAUAUUGUUCAAUAUUCAUGUUGUCUUCUUAUUGAUUAAUUGGUACAAAUGUAGAUCUUGAAAGAAGGCAAGAAUAAAAAACAAUUGUGUAGGAAAGAACUGCAGAUGCUGGUUUAAAACAAAGAUAGACACAAAAUGCUGGAGUGACUCAGCGGGACAGGCAGCAUUUCUAACCAAUAAAAAACUAUUGAUUGAGUAUGUGAUUUGAGAAUGUGCAAAAUCGCGCAAUGUGUGCAAUCUAUGAAGGUGCUUCCGAUACAGUGAAGCUAUCAAUCACUUUUGAACCUAGCAACAUGGUGCGCUGACAACAACCUGGCCCUUAACUCCAAGAAGACAAAGGAGCUCAUUGUAGACUUCAGGAACCACCAUCCACAUUAA